AUGACUGUUGAAUGCAUAGAAGUGCCAGCGGACAUCUAUCAUGAUUUCUUGGAGGCCCAUUUGCUUCUGAGUGCUGUGCGGCACUUACAUGUCCUAUGUUUUGGGGAACUUCCGCCGCGCCAACUUGGGAUGCUGGCUCGCAAUGAUGUUCUCCAAUGGGCGUGCACAGCUCUGCGUGAACCGUGGCGCCGGGAGCUGGUGGCCUAUGCCGGUGAGCUCUCCAGCACCUUCUCAGUGCAGAUGCAUGCCACUUUACCGGUCCCUCACUGGCAGGACCCUGGCUCCAUUGGAGCUGCGGAAAGAUUGGCUAUGCACAUGCUUGAGGCAGGUAGCGCCCCCAUUUGGAGCGCGGCACGGCAGCUUGCUAUUUUGCUCGAUCAUGAGCAACCUCGACACUCCAUGGCACUGCGGAAUGGUGAGACCUCCAGUGUUAGCUUUGGGGCGUAUGCCAAAGGACCCUUUCAUGGCCUCUGCAGGAAAACACUCACACAUCCGAAUGUUGCGAUGAUCCUCAACUGCUUGAUCAUGAGGGUAUGUCCGAGGCACACCUGGACAACACUUGCUCUCCAUUUCAACUAUGGUACCCCUCCUCAUCGUGACAAGCAGAACAGUCACCACAACUUGGUGCUUGCAUUGUCUUUACAUGAUGAUGGUGAGCUGUGGAUAGAGACCCCUGAGGGUGACGAGGCGAUUCUGUUUCAAGGAAUGGAAGUAUGGGGCAUCAGAUAUGCAUUGCAACUACAUGCAGUCCGCUUUCAGGCCCACCAGCUUCUGCACUACACGUGUGCUUGGGACACCUUCGACAGGGUUACCCUCGUAGCGUACACUGUGCAGCGGUGGGAGAGCCUGGGCGACAAGGUCCACACCCAGCUCAGCGAGCUGGGCUUUCAUCUCCCGGAACGGACGGUUCGCAUUACUCGGGAUCUACACUUGGACUGCCUGCCGUGUGUUCUUCGAGACUGA